CUGCGCGGGGUGGGCCGCGGCGAGCAGAGGUUAUGAGGAUUUUGGUGCGGCGCUGCUGGGGACCAGGGUUGGGUCAUGGCGCCGCGGGCGGCAGGCCGACCUCGCAGUGGCGGAUUCUGGCCAGGCUCCGCGGGUCCCUCGGCGAGGAGGACGGCCGGGACACCCGAGUCCGCGAGAAGCCGCCCUGGCGUGUGCUCUUCUUCGGUACAGACCAGUUCGCCCAGGAGACUUUGCGGGCGCUGCACGCCGCCAGGGAGAACAAAGAAGAAGAGUUAAUUGAAAAACUGGAGGUGGUGACAGUGCCUUCACCAUCACCAAAAGGACUUCCAGUAAAGCAGUAUGCUGUGCAGUCUCAGCUUCCAGUGCACGAGUGGCCAGAUGUGGGAUCUGGAGAGUACGAUGUUGGAGUAGUGGCUUCCUUCGGCCGACUUUUGAGUGAGACUCUUAUUCUUAAAUUUCCCUAUGGCAUAUUGAAUGUCCAUCCCAGUUGCCUCCCGCGAUGGCGUGGUCCAGCCCCUAUAAUCCAUACAGUGCUUCAUGGAGACCUGAUUACUGGAGUGACAAUUAUGCAAAUUAGACCUAAAAGGUUUGAUGUAGGCCCAAUUCUCAAGCAGGAGACCAUCCCUGUGCCACCCAAGAGCACUGCCAUGGAACUAGAAGCACUGUUAUCAAGACUAGGAGCCAACAUGCUUAUUUCAGUUUUGAAAAAUUUGCCUGAAAGUCUGAAAAAUGGAAAGCAGCAGCCUGCUGAGGGAGUGACACAAGCUCCUAAGAUUUCUGUUGGUACCAGCUGUAUAAAAUGGGAGGAACAAACUUCAGAGCAAAUAUUCAGACUUUAUCGUGCCAUUGGAAAUAUAAUCCCGUUGCAGACACUCUGGAUGGAGAACACCAUUAAACUUCUGGAUUUGGUAGAAGUUAACAAUUUAGUCCUUGCUGAUGCAAAACUAACAAGACAGACUCUUACUCCAGGAUCAAUAAUAUACCACAAACAGUCAAAAAUAUUGCUAGUUUAUUGCAAGGAUGGCUGGAUUGGUGUUCGAUCGGUAAUGCUUAAGAAAACAUUAACAGCAACUGAUUUCUACAAUGGAUAUUUGCACCCCUGGUACCAGAAAAAUUCCCAAGUUCAACCAAACCAUUGCAAAUUUAAGACACUCAGACUUCCAACAAAGAAGAAGCCGAAACAAGUUGUUGCUAUGCAACAGUGCAUUAAGUAAUUAGGAAGAAGAUGGACAGAACCUAUUGCAUAUUUGUAAUUUAUUAAAAGGCUUAUUUACAAGGAAUUAUUUUGACUUUCAAAGAUUAUUAUCAAAAAGAUGGAUUGCCUCACUUUCCACAUUUUUUGUGUAAUAAUAGUUAAAAGCAGCUUUUUCUACUUUAAUAACAAAAGAAGUUUAAAUAAAUUUUGUAUUUAUAA